CGCCUCAGAGCUGUCGCUGCACAAGGCUGGGUUAAGGAGACUCGAUGGCUGGUGGAGCAUCUGAUACGCGAGAAAGGACAGCCUCCGGAUAUCCACAUGUACAAUGCUCUGAUCCUUUGCAAUAUCAAUGCCGAGGAUGGCGCCGGUUGGCGCGUCAAUGAGCUCCUCGCAGAGAUGGACAGUAUCGGUCUGGUCCCAGACGCACAAACUUGCCAUGCGGUGCUCAAGGUGACAUCGAUACACCUCGAUCAUCUACUGCGCUCAGAUAUCUUAGAAUACAUGCGCAACAAAUGGUUCACGCUCUCAUCCGACGGUGCCCACGACGUCGCUGCUGGCCUUUUCCGCGAAGCUCAAUUCGAGAAGGCCAUAGAGCGAUUGAACUUGAUGCGGGAUGAGGGCAUGAUCAUAGAUGGCUGGCUUCUUGAUCUCGCCAUAUACAUCCUAUGUGAUGCCGGAGAGAUUGGAGAAGCCUACAAGAUUGUUCGAUCACGCGACGAUUCCACAUCCAACUUGAUCAACAAGAGCGUGUAUUAUGCGCUUCUCGAUCACGGUAGUCAGGCUCGGCACCAUGCUGCGACCAAGCUGGUGUGGAGCACUCAAGUCAACCCUGGCUACAUCAACCCAGCUUCAGGAAUCUGUCUCAACGCUCUAGCGACGGCAUCGAAAGCCGGAGACGCCACCCUCGGCACAGACGUCUUUUCGCACUUUAGCAAGCAGGGCACUAGCUUUCAGAGGAUUCAUUUUGAACUGCUCGUUACAACAUACAUGAACACUAGCCCCCCGGAUCUCAGGAGAGCGCUGCAUGUGCUCACAAUCAUGUCUUUGGAGACAUUCGAGCCCACCGUUGCGGAAACGCGUUCACUCUUUAGAUACCUGCAAGACAAGCCGGCGCUCGUGCAUGAGUCUUUGAAGAUCAUCCAAACCCUUCACCAGCAAGGUCGCCGCAUUCCCAUCGCGGUGAUCAACCUCUUAAUCGAAUGCUACGCGGUGCAGAAGGACCUGGGCUCGGCGAUGAAGAUUUACAAACUCAUCCACACCCUGACGCCCAUCGGCGACGGCGCCAAGAAAUCUGUCGCCAACAUCGAGACCUUCAACCUGUUGCUCAAGGCAUGCCGAACCGCGGAUCCGCCGGACUCCAAGCAAGCCGUGUUCAUCGUGUCGGAGCUGCUCGCGCUGCGCGUGAUGCCCAACGCGCUCACCUUCGACCGCCUCAUCCUCGUC